ACAGACAUCCCGGUGCCCAACGUCAUCGAGGCGGCCUUCUACUUCGAGCAGGCGGGCGUCGGGAUGAACUCGGACGAGACGUUCCGCAUCUUCCUGUCGCUCAAGCAGCUGGUGGAGCAGCAGCCCAUCCAGACGUGCCGCUUCUGGGGCAAGAUCCUGGGCCUCGACCGCAACUACCUGGUGGCCGAGGUGGAGUUCCGCGAGGGCGAGGAAGAGGAGGAGGAGGAGGAGGCGGAGGAGCUGGUGGAGGGCGCGGCCGAGGGCAUGGAGGGCCGCCCGGAGGAGGAGGGCGAGGACGAGGAGGAGAAGGAGGUGGACGAGCCGCCCAAGUCCACGUGGAAGCCGCCGCCCGUGAUCCCCCGCGAGGACAGCCGCACCGGCACCAACAAGUUCCUCUACUUCGUGUGCAAUGAGCCGGGCCAGUCUUGGACCAAGCUGCCCCACGUCACGCCCACGCAGAUCGUCAACGCCCGCAAGAUCAAGAAGUUCUUCACCGGCCACCUGGACACGCCCAUCGUCAGCUACCCGCCCUUCCCCGGCAUCGAGGCCAACUACCUGCGCGCGCAGAUCGCCCGCAUCUCGGCCGGCACGCAGAUCAGCCCGCUCGGCUUCUACCAGUUCGGGGAGGAGGAGGGCGACGAGGAGGAGGAGGGCGGCGCCGGGCGCGAUUCCUACGAGGAGAACCCCGACUUCGAGGGCAUCCCCGUGGCAGAGCUCGUGGACUCCCUGGCCAACUGGGUGCACCACACCCAGCACAUCCUGCCCCAGGGUCGCUGCACCUGGGUGAAUCCCAACCAGAAGUCGGAGGAGGAGGAGGAGCUGGGGGAGGAAGAGGAGAAGGCAGAUGAGCCAGACGAGGUGGAACAGGAAAUCGGACCCCCCCUCCUGACCCCACUCUCUGAAGAUGCAGGUAUUUUUUUUUUUAAUUUUAUUUUUUAGAAAAAAAUUUUUUUCCAUGGUUACA